GUCCGCGUCUCCUUUACAAAGAUGGCCGGGCCCCGUUUGUUAGGUGGAUGGGGUUGUGCCCUCCGUCCUUUACCAAUAUGUCGGUGCCAGUGGCUGUUCGCUCUGAGCUCCGGCUUUGCUGGCGCUUCCCGCCCCAUCUCCACCCGCUGCAGGUCCUCACCCCGAGAGCGGCCUUCAGCCCUGGCCCCCGGCCCAGCGCCGGCUCUCGCUGUGUCCUCUCCCUGAGAAGCGGCACGUCCUGGUCCCCGGGCCCAGGCUUCUUCGUCUCCGCCACCGUCAGCGAAGAGGAGCCGCCUGAGGCCGAGCCCCAGGGUCAGGCCGAGAGGGGGACAGGCCCCCAGGGUCAGGCCGACAGGGGGACCGGGCCCCAGGGUCAGGCCGACAGAGGGACAGGGCCCCAGGGUCAGGCCGAGAGGGGGACCGGGCCCCAGGGUCAGGCCGACAGAGGGACAGGGCCCCAGGGUCAGAGCGACAGAGGGACAGGGCCCCAGGGUCAGGCCGACAGAGGGACAGGGCCCCAGGGUCAGAGCGACAGAGGGACAGGGCCCCAGGGUCAGAGCGACAGGGGGACAGGGCCCCAGGGUCAGGCCGAGAGGGGGACCGGGCCCCAGGGUCAGGCCGACAGAGGGACAGGGCCCCAGGGUCAGAGCGACAGAGGGACAGGGCCCCAGGGUCAGAGCGACAGGGGGACAGGCCCCCAGGGUCAGAGCGACAGGGGGACCGGGCCCCAGGGUCAGGCCGAGAGGGGGACAGGCCCCCAGGGUCAGGCCGAGAGGGGGACAGGGCCCCAGGGUCAGAGUGACAGGGGGACAGGGCCCCAGGGUCAGGCCGAGAGGGGGACAGGGCCCCAGGGUCAGAGCGACAGGGGGACAGGGCCCCAGGGUCAGGCCAACAGGGGGACAGGGCCCCAGGGUCAGGCCGAGAGGGGGACCGGGCUCCAGGGUCAGAGCGACAGGGGGACCGGGCCCCAGGGUCAGGCCGAGAGGGGGACCGGGCUCCAGGGUCAGGCCGACAGGCGGACAGGGCUCCAGGGGCCGGCAGAGAGGGGGACCGGGCCCCAGGGUCAGGCCGAGAGGGGGACCGGGCCCCAUGGGCAGGUUCCUGGGAUCCCGCUUCGAAUAUACACCAGUAAACUGUUUCCCAAACAUUAUGGAUUAUGGACGGAAGAGGAUGUGGCAGAGGAAUGCCCGGGGCUGCAAGACAAUGAGUUCGGUACCCAAACCUGGCUGAGGGUCUCCCUGGUACACUCAGUGCCCACCCUGACCAAGGUGGUACUGGGUGCCCGCAGCAAGGCCAGCUUGUCCUGGGCUGGCUCACAGAACUUUGCCAAUGGCCUCCUGGUCCUGAUAUGCCAGCAGCAGCAGAUCCUGCUGAGGCAAGGCGAUGUUCCUGUUAUACCCUACCAUCCCAUAUUUGGGGAGGACAGCGGUGAAGUCUUUACCAACCUCUUGGAGCUGGUGGUUCUGGAAUGCCAACCUGUUCUGCAAGGAGUCCUGUCUGUGAACACUAGCCUGGUACUCACUGAGUUCAGAGAGGCCCCUCAGCUGCCCUGCAGUGAGUUGCAGCCCGUCAGGCUCCUCCAGCCUCUUUGCGUUUCUGAUUUUGCCCAUUACAUCAGUGGAGUUUGGGGGGCAGGCUUUGGAAUGGAGCAUGGCAAACUGCUAGACUCUGACAUCCUGACUUUUCUGCGAGCCCUAGAGUGCAGGUUGGAGGUUACCGUGAUGGACGUGCCUGCACUUCUCGACAACAGGAGGCUUCGACCCCACACUGUGGCUGGGCAAAACAGCGGCUUGGAUGCUGAUAACCUGCUGGUCCUAACCAAACCAGCUCUGCAGCGCCUGGGUCUUUUCAAUCGUGAAUGGGUCCUCAUCUCAUUGCUGGAACCGGCCAUGGAGAGGGAGCAGAGGGCAGUGCGUGCAGAGCCCGAGGCAGAGCAGCCUGAUCGGACAGGGGAAGCCGACAGCAGUCCUAGCCUGAUGGGAGGCAGCUCUGAUCGGUGGCUGCGUGGGAGGCUUGCCUCUGUGGUUGUGGUGGAAGUGGCUAACAGUGCCCACCUGGAGCUGGCAGAGAACACAGCAGCAAUCUCGCACACACUUUGGUUUAACAUUUCCAAUGGGGCCCCAAUGCCAAUUGCCAGUAGGACGCUGAAAAUCAAGCGAUUUUACCAGCCAGCUGCUGGGAGCAAACAGCUGAAGGAUAGUCGUUCAGCCCUCUCCAUCCCUCCACUGGCAAAUGAGCUACAUGUAAAAGUCAUCUUCUCUCCAACCUACAAUGCCAGAGCUGGGUACGAUGGUCUACUGUUCGAGCAUUUUAAAACACCGAGGCUUAUCCAUUCAGGGGAUGUGCUGUGUGUCCGAACGCAGGGCAAGGCUGAGUUCAUAGAGAGCUGUUCCGAGAGAUCAGUGAGAUGGCCGGUGCUCUACCUGAAGGUGAGCUCAGUGUCUGGGCAUGCAGCUCCUGAGUCUGGCCCUGAUUUCCUGGCUGACAACGAACACACCUCCCUGUACCUGGAUGGUUGUGUUAACAGCUUUAUCCCCGCCGCAGCUGCAUCCAAUGGUCAUCAAUUCUGGGGCAGCACAUCUCCCCCUGGACUGACCAACAUUGUGGAUAUCCUCUGUAGCAUCAUGCAGCCCUACCUGCACACUGGGCCUCCAAUACUAGAUUGGCCGUGCAGUGUCCUGUUGUGGGGUCCGAGUGGGUGUGGGAAGACCACGGUGCUCCAAGCUGCUUGCUCCAAGUUCAACCUGCAUCUAGUAAAGGUGGACUGUGCCUGUCUCUCUGCUGAUUCCACUGCAGCCUCCGAAGCCAAGCUCCAAGCUGCCUUUGCAGAAGCUGAGGUUUACUGCCCGAGUGUCCUGUUGUUACACAACGUGGCGAUGAUUGGAAGAAUGAGGGAUGAUGUCGGUGCAGACUCGCGCCUGAUCUCUUCAUUUCACCGAUUGAUGAAGUCCCUCCCGCUGAGCUGCCGUCAGUACCCUGUGGUGGUGGUGGGGACAGUGGGCCGGCUGCAGGACCUUUUUACUGAUGUCCAGACGCUGUUUCUUCACGAAGUGGGAAUGGCGGGUCUCUCCGAGGACCAGAGGAGGCUAAUACUGACAGCACUGAGUACCGAGCUGCCCCUGGGUAACAACGUCAACCUGGCCAAGCUCGCCAAGUUAACAGCUGGUUACCUGCUGAGUGACCUGUGUGCCUUACUGAGCCAUGCCAGCCAUGCAGCCUGCAGCCGCUUAAGGAAUACCUGUUUUCCAGGAGCUGUCCUGAGUAUGGAGCGCGAGUUGGAUUUAUGCAUGGCGGGAGUGACGAUUUUGUGGGAGGAUUUCCAGAGUGCCUUAGAUCAGCUGCAGACGGAGCUGUCCCAGGCGAUUGGGGCUCCAAAGAUUCCCACUGUGAAGUGGCAGGAUGUGGGAGGUCUGCAAGAGGUCAAGCGUGAAAUUCUGGACACCGUGCAACUCCCCCUGGAGCAUCCUGAGCUGCUGACUCUCGGCCUGCGCAGGACCGGGCUCCUCCUCUACGGACCCCCUGGGACAGGCAAAACCAUGCUGGCUAAAGCUGUCGCUACUGAGUGCGCAAUGACCUUCCUCAGUGUGAAAGGUCCCGAACUGAUCAACAUGUACGUGGGACAGAGUGAGGAAAACGUACGGGAAGUGUUCCUUCGGGCGAAGUUAGCAGCUCCCUGUGUGAUUUUUUUUGAUGAACUGGACUCGCUGGCUCCGAACCGUGGCCGGAGCGGAGACUCUGGGGGGGUCAUGGACAGGGUAGUCUCCCAGCUUCUUGCUGAGCUCGACGGCCUGCACUCCUCUCCCGAUGUGUUUGUGAUUGGAGCGACCAACCGACCUGACCUCCUAGACCGGGCCCUGCUACGCCCCGGCAGGUUGGAGAAGCUGCUCUAUGUGGGAGUGAGUGAGGACCGAGACACACAGCUCCACAUCCUGAGGGCCAUAACCCAUCGGUUCACGUUACAUCCCAGUGUGAACCUGAAGCAUGUGGUGGAACAGUGCCCAGCCUACCUGACUGGUGCUGACCUGUACUCCCUCUGCUCUGACGCCAUGAUGGCAGCCCUCAAACGCAAGAUCAGCCACAUCCAGCAAGGUGUGGACACUGAGAGCUCGGAGCUUGUCCUGCUGCCUGCUGACUUUCAGAAAGCCUUGGCCACACUGCAGCCUUCCGUCUCCCAGCACGAGCUUUCCAACUACAAACAGAUUCAACAGAAACUGACAGCCACGUGACAGAUUCCCAGCUACAUCCGGAUGGGAACAGGAACAGCCAAGUGGGGAAACAUCUGGAUGGGAGUUUGGGAAGCCUCGAUCUGAAUGCACACGGGUGUAUAGUUUAGCAAGCAUAUGGAUGUGCAAGCAAUGGCUGGGAGUGACUGAUAACAAGGAACAUUGGAGGAGCAGGAUUUUGGGGGGGAGCAGGUCUACAGAGGGCGGAUAUUCCACUUGGGGACAGGCCCUGGCUGUAUGUGAUGAUAAUCUGCAUAGCAACAAGAUUGUAGUUCCGUGUCUGGGUAAACUUUGUACAGCACCGGGGCUAGAUCCAGGCACCAGCUUGGGACAAGGCACAGUGUAUGAGGAACUCGGUGUAGGAAUAUGUAAGUUUUAUAAUUGCAAGGCACCUCUGGAUGAGAGAGCACAUCGGAACAUGAAUAAAGUCAAUAGUAAAGGAGGGCAGGUUGGCGAACAUGUGGAUGGAAUUUGCAAGACAUGAGGGAAAGACCUGGCUGGGGCUGUGUCCAGAAGCAGUAAUAUCUGGAUAGGUACAGGAGCUGUUUUGUAGUUAGUCAGUUCCACAUCUACAAAUAUAGAACUUGGAUUUCACCACCGACGCUCAGUAACAGCAGUGUGUACCAUUUGCAAGAUCCUCAGACAACAUGUUCCAAACCCACGACCACUUCCAUCUGCAAGGACAAGGGCAGCAGAUACACGGGAACCCCACCCCCUGCAAGUUCCCCUCCAAACCCCUCCCCAUUCCUGACUGGGAAAUAUCUCGCCGUUCCAUCACACUCACUGGGUCUAAUGGCUGCCGUUCCCUCCCUGAGGGCAUUGUGGGUCUCCCCUACAGCACACGGACUACAGCGGGUCAGGAAGGAAAUCAAUGUUGACUUUUGAAAAUAUUAUUUUGAGGAAGCUGAAGUUUGCUUUUACCUGGAAAGCUGAUAAAUGAUAAAAUUCUGGUCAGGGA